AUGUCAAGAGCUCAGGAGAUAAAAGAAAAGCAAGCACUACUUGCUAAAUUUCAAAAUGGGUUUAGCAGUUCCACUGCUAAGGUGCUCGGAUGGAUAGAGGAUUCUAAGACGUCAUCUAAUGAUCUAGCAAAGGAGGAUAGCAACGAAUCAAAGAAGGAAUUUUUCCAGUUGCCUGUCAUUCAAAUAGGAAGCGGUUUAUCAUUUGAGAACGCGCAAAGUACUGAUGAUACCGAUAUACAUACCAUUGGAGAGUUCAUCAAAAGUGAUAAGAAGGUCAGCUCUUUAGCCAAAAAGAAAAGAGCUACCAAGGACGUGCAACAGAGAAACAGUAUACACAGAGUGAGGAAAGACGACUCCCAGGCUAUGGUUUCGUUAAAACAUAAGAUAAGGAAUCAGGAAAGACAGAAGAUACGUAACGAGCUUCCGAGAGGCACAAAUGUUUCGAAAGACCACAGUAAAAACCAAUAUUAUACCAAAUCGACUUCAUCGCAUUCCGACUCUUCCUCGGAUGAAGAAGAUAUGGAACCUAAAGUACAAAAACAUUCCAAGAAACAAUUUGGCUUGCUAUUUGCUGGAAAGAAAUCCAAACGUUGA